AUGUGCUUCGGAGGUCGCGACAGAACCAACAGCGGCGCUGCCCGCUCCCACGACAUUGACCGCACCCUCCGCCAGGAUGAGAAGCGCCUGUCCAAGGAAAUCAAGCUGCUGCUCCUAGGAGCCGGAGAGUCGGGCAAAUCGACGAUCCUCAAGCAGAUGAAGCUCAUAUACUCACAGGGCUUCACCAAGCGCGAGCGACAAGAAUGGAAGCCCGUCAUCUUCAGCAACAUUGUACAGUCCUUCCGCACCAUCCAAGAAGCCAUGACUGAGCUCAAUUACCGCUUCGACGACGCCGACAACGAGAAAUACAUGGCCCAUAUCCUGGUAGAACGCGAGAUUGGGCUCGAGGAAACGUUGCCGCACGACUACUUUGAGCCGAUCAAGGCGCUAUGGAACGACAGCGGUGUCAAGGCGGCCAUCGCCAAGGGCAACGAGUAUGCGCUGCACGACAACCUGACCUACUUCAUCGAGGACAUGGAGCGCAUAUGGGCCGACGGAUACGUCCCGAACAACCAAGACCUUCUCCGCUGCCGGUUGCGGACAACGGGUAUCAUGGAGAGCAGAUUUGACUUGGGCCAACUCACGUAUCGCAUGUUCGACGUGGGCGGCCAAAGAUCGGAGAGAAAGAAGUGGAUUCACUGCUUCGAGAACGUCCACUGCCUGCUCUUCCUCGUUGCCAUCAGUGGCUACGACCAGUGCCUCGUGGAGGACAAGGACGGGAACCAAAUGAACGAGGCGCUGAUGCUGUGGGAGUCGAUUGCCAACUCUCACUGGUUCACAAAAUCGGCCAUGAUCCUGUUCCUCAACAAGAUGGACCUGUUUAGGGAGAAGCUGCCGCAUAGCCCCAUCACCAAGUACGGCUUCACCGAUUACCACGGACCGGAAGACGACUACAAGUCGGCCAGCAAGUACUUUCUGGACAAGUUUAAGGCGUUGAGCCGCAACCCGGAAAAGGAAAUCUACGGCCACUUCACCAAUGCGACGGACACCAACCUGCUCAAGAUCACAAUGGGCUCUGUGCAGGACAUGAUCAUCCAGCGCAACCUCAAGCAACUCAUCCUGUGA